CCAGUUCAUCUCAAACGUUGUGUGCGUUGGCUUCAAACGUCACUGGGCGGGCAAGCCCAAAAAAUAAUCUGGCAGGGCCAACAGCGGUCCUCGCGCCCCAAAAAAGCAAUUACCGUUGGGCAAUGCAAUUGGUGUGACCGCAGCCUCCCCCAUGUUCGUUUGGUUAACCGACCCCGACAGUCGGAUCCGGGUUUCGUUGUUGCAUCCCCUGAUCUACACACAACACCAUUGACUGACCAACAGACAACAAAGUUUGUUAUUCCUCUGUCACAUCGUGAUUAUUAACUACACUACACUAUGCCGCCAUGAACGUACUGAGAAGCGCAUUGUACGGCAUGCUGCCCCGCAGCCGCCGCGAGUCGCGGGCCGAGCCGGGGCAGGCCGUCUUGAGCACCAAGACAGCCGCCGCGCUUCUCUGCGCCGCCUGCUCGCUGCCAGCAGGCUUGGAACUGUCCGAGGUGCCGUACUAUGGGCUGAGCCCCCCGGUCUACCCGUCACCACUCGGCAAUGGCUCCACCGACGCCCGCUGGGCGUCCGCCUACGGCCGCGCUCGGGACCUGGUCUCGCGCAUGACCGUCGAGGAGAAAGCCAAUGUGACGCGCGGCUGGCCCGGCAUCUGCGUGGGCAACACGGGCGACGUGCCCCGGCUUGGCAUCCCGAGCCUGUGCUUCGCUGAUGGCCCCGCGGGCCUCCGGGGGCAGGAGUUCGUGUCCGCUUUCCCCGCCGGCAUCCACGUGGCGGCCACCUUCGACCGUGAUCUCAUGCUCGAGUACGGCCGCGCCAUCGGCCGCGAGUUCCGCGGCAGGGGCGUCAAUGUCGCCCUGGGCCCCGUGGCCGGUCCGCUCGGUCGCGUUGCUCGCGGCGGACGGAACUGGGAAGGGCUCAGCAACGACCCGUAUCUCGCCGGCGUCGGUAUGGGUGCCAUCACUCGUGGCAUCCAGGAAGCCGGCGUCAUCGCAACGCCGAAGCACUGGCUGCUGAACGAGCAAGAGUUCCGUCGCCGGCGGACUCCCCUCGGCGAAGCCAUCAGUGCGAACGUCGAUGAUCGCACCCUGCACGAGCUCUACGUCUUCCCCUUCAUGGACGCGCUCCGCGAAGGAGCCGGUGCCGUCAUGUGCAGCUAUCAGCGCGCCAACCACUCGUACGCCUGCCAGAACUCGAAGCUGCUGAACGGCAUCCUCAAGACCGAGCUCGGCUUCGAGGGCUUCGUCGUGAGCGACUGGGACGCACAGAUGUCUGGUGUCGCCUCGGCAAACGCCGGCUUGGAUCUCGUCAUGCCCAACGCCGGCUUCUGGGGGGCCGAGCUCGUCCAGGCGGUGCGCAAUGGGUCGGUGAGCGAGGAGCGCCUCGGCGACAUGGCCGCCCGUAUCCUCGCGUCCUGGUAUUACUUGCACCAGGAAAACGACUAUCCGCCGCCUGCCAUAUACACCAAUAUGCAGAAACACUUCCCCGUCGACGUGCAGGCGGACCACGCCAAGCUGAUCGAGGAAAUCGGCGCGGCUGGCACAGUCUUGGUGAAGAACAUCAACAACACCCUGCCCUUUAAGAAACCGCGGUUUCUCUGCGUCUACGGCUAUGACGCGACCGUCAAGGCGGGUCCGUGGCAGAACCGAGAUCGAUACGGCGGCGGAUACGAGGACAACUUCGGGUGGAACACGCUGAACGGCACGCUCAUCACCGCCGGAGGAUCGGGCGGAAACUCACCGCCUUACGUCGUCUCUCCGUUCCAGGCUCUGCAAGAGCGCCUCAGCAAGGACAGGGGCAUCCUGCGCUGGGAUUUCUACUCGGAAAACCCAACGCCGUACGUCAACGCUGACGCCUGCUUGGUCUUCAUCAACGCCUACGCCUCCGAGAGCUUCGACCGCACGAGCCUGACCGACGACUUCAGCGACCGGUUAGUGCUGAACGUGGCUUCGUGGUGCGCCAACACCAUCGUGGUGGUGCACUCUGCUGGCAUCCGCACCGUCGACGCAUGGAUCACGCACCCCAAUGUGACCGCGACGCUCUUCGCCGGGCUGCCGGGCCAGGAAUCCGGGCACGCGCUGGCGGCGGUGCUCUACGGGGACGUCAACCCGUCGGGGCGGCUGCCGUACACGGUGGCGCGGGCCGAGGCCGACUACGGCGCGCUGCUCAACUCGUCCGUGUCGGCGGCCCGCUUCCCCGAGGCCAACUUCACCGAGCGGCUGUGGAUCGACUACCGCGCCUUCGACCGCGACGCCCUCGCCCCGCGCUUCGAGUUCGGCUUCGGCCUGUCCUACACCUCCUUCGCCUACGCCGGCCUCGCCGUCUCGCUGCUGCGCCGCGCCCCCGCCGCGCCCGCCGAGUUCCCGGACCAGAGCGUGCCCGUGGUGCAGGGCGGGCAUCCCGCCCUGUGGGAGGUGGUCGCGGUGGUGCGGUGCACGGUCACGAACACCGGCGCGGUGGAGGGCGCCGAGGUCGCGCAGCUGUACGUGGGCGUCCCCGGGGCCGGCGAGGACUCGCCUGUGCGGCAGCUGCGCGGGUUCGUGAAGGUCGGCCCGCUGGUGCCCGGCCAGGCGCGCGAGGCCGUGUUCGAGCUGACGAGGAGGGACUUGAGCGUCUGGGACGUCGUCGCCCAGCAGUGGCGGCUCAGGAGGGGGAGGUAUGCCGUCUGGGUCGGGGCGAGUAGUCGGGACUUGAGGUUGGCGGGCGACUUCGUUAUUGAGUGAAGGGUAAAGUGUUCCUGAUUGGAGCCUCUGCGUCAAGAGUGUCUUGGAUAAGCAGUUACUCCAGUCUCCAUCUUGCCCCUCGCGACUUCUCAAGCAAGA